AUGUCUUCUAUACAUUGUGAUUCAGCUAAUCCUGAACCAAUUCAUCAUCAUUCAAAUUUAUCAAAAAGUUCUUGUGGUGGUAAAUCAACUAAUAAAUAUUCAUCAGAAUAUUUACAAGGAUUAGAAAAACGUAAAAAUUCAAUACAUGGAAUACAAAAUUAUUAUAACAUGCUUCGUCGAUUUAUUUCGGUUUUCAAUAAUGUCAAGAGAUAUUAUUCGAUAUCUUCUAUACAUUAUGAUUCAGCUAAUCCUGAACCAAUUCAUCAUUCAAAUUUAUCAAAAAGUUCUGGUGGUAAAUCAACUGAUAAAUAUUCAUUAGAAUAUUUACAAGGAUUAGAAAAAUGUAAAAAUGCUAUACGUGAAAUAGAAAAUUAUUCAUAUAUUGACUUCGAAUGUGAUGAACCAUUACCACUGGACUGGUCAGACUUGUCCGACGAUGAUCCUAUAAUAACAAAUGAUGCUAGUUCAAUGGUCAACUUGUUUAAUAAAAAACGUGAUACAACAAAUGAACAAAAAUCAAUGUAUGAUAAACACGAACGGUCAUUUACCUUGUCUCAACAAUUUGGUAAUGGUCAUACUUAG